UCGAUUAUGGUAUCAAAGAUCCAAAAAAAUUAAAACAAAAACAGGAAUCAGUUUGUCGUGUACAAGAUGAAAGACGUAUUUUCUGCGAUACUUAUACUAAAGUAGUUCCAAUAUCUGUAAUUGAUAUACAAACACAAGCUCAAAUAGAUCCAACGGAAGAGCCUGAUAUUACUGAAGUAGAUAUUAUAGAAAAUGUUGUUCAUUCAGUUAGAAAAUGUGGAUAUAGAA